GCCGACGAGAGCAACAGCAGUGGGCAGAGGAGCUCCUCCAGCAGGGAGUGUUUGAAGAGGAGCCCACAGAGCCCGAAAGCAGAGGGCUCCGACUCGAUGACAUCUCAGUCCUCACCCAGUGAAGAGGCUGGAAUGAUGACUGAGGUGAAAGUGAAAACAGAGGUACCAGAUGACUACAUUGAAGAGGUGAUCUGGCAGGACGACACCAAAGAUUCCAAGAACAACAUCAAAGAUGGGCCGGGAGAUGUGCCCGCGGAGAUCUGCGUGGUCAUAGGUGGGGUCCGCAACCAGCAGACGCUCGGGUCUUAUGAGUGUGGAAUAUGUGGGAAGAAAUACAAGUAUUACAACUGUUUCCAGACCCACGUGCGAGCACACAGAGACACCGAAGCUGCCUCAGGGGAAGGAGCCUCACAAGGCAGUGCCCCUCUGGCUGCGGAAAGGGAGAAGAAGCCUCUCUCCAGAGCUGUCUUUGUGCUGCCCUGGGUGGAAUCCACAGAAACAAACAAUUUUAGGUAUACAUGUGACAUUUGUGGGAAAAAAUAUAAAUACUAUAGCUGCUUCCAGGAGCACAGAGACCUGCACGCCGUGGAUGACCCCUAUGACCAGGCCGUCAUCGCCGCCGACGAGGUCAAGGAGGAGGAACCGGAGCCGUUCCAGAAGAUCGGGCCAAAAACUGGCAAUUACACCUGUGAGUUCUGUGGGAAGCAGUACAAGUACUACACUCCCUACCAGGAGCACGUGGCCCUGCACGCUCCCAUCAAGUUCUCUCGAUCUCCACUCUUCGUGGCAGUGAAGACCCAGACGAGCCAGUCCAGCAAAAAAUCUCCGGCGUCCCUAAACCGCUGUUCCGGCCUCCUGCACCGCACCCCCUCCGGGGUCCCGCCCGCCUCCCAGUCCCAGAUGUUCCGCACUCCAAAUUCUGGAUCCCCAGGAAGCAAGGCCAUCACAGCAGAAAGUGCUUUCAGCAGAAGAGUGGAAGGCAAAGCGCAAAACAACUUUGAAGAAACAAACAGCAAUUGCCAGAACUCCAGUGCUGGUCAUUCGGGGACAGAAAAACCUAAAGAAAAGAGGUGUAAGCAGAACCCAUCAGAGCCUUACACCUGUGGAGCUUGUGGAAUCCAGUUCCAGUUUUAUAACAAUCUCCUGGAGCACAUGCAGUCCCACGCAGCUGACAAUGAGAACAACAUUGCCUCCAGCCAGCCCAGAUCACCUCUCCCUGUGGUUGAAGAGAAGUGGAAACCACAGCUCCAAAGAAAUAAUGCCAACAACACGUCCGCGAGCGGCUCCAUGGGGAACAGCGCGAUCCCGGAGAAGGAGCGGCAGAACAUCGCCGAGAGGCUGCUGCGGGUGAUGUGCACUGACCUUGGGGUGCUGAGCGUGGUGAGCGGGAAGGAGUUCAUCAAGCUGGCACAGACCCUGGUGGACAGUGGGGCUCGCUAUGGUGCCUUCUCUGUCACCGAGAUCCUGGGCAAUUUCAACACACUGGCUCUGAAGCAUUUGCCUCGGAUGUACAACCAGGUGAAGGUGAAGGUCACCUGCGCCCUGGGCAGCAACGCCUGCCUGGGCAUCGGGGUCACCUGCCACUCGCAGAGCGUCGGCCCCGACUCCUGCUACAUCCUGACCGCCUACCAGGUGGAGGGCAACCACAUCAAGAGUUACGUCCUGGGAAUUAAGGGUGUAGACAUUCGAGACAAUGGUGAUUUUAUCCACCACUGGGUGCAGAAUGUGCUGUCGGAGUUUGUCAUGUCGGAGAUCAGGACGGUGUAUGUCACAGACUGCAAAGUCAACUCCUCGGCGUUCUCCAAGGCAGGCAUGUGCCUGCGCUGCUCGGCCUGUGCCUUGAACUCGGUGGUACAGAGUGUGCUCAACAAGAGAACACUACAGGCUCGCAAUAUGCACGAGGUGAUCGAGCUCCUGAAUGUCUGUGAAGAUCUGGCGGGAUCCACAGGCCUCUCGAAGGAGACCUUUGGCUCCUUGGAAGAGACCUCCCCCCCGCCCUGCUGGAACUCGGUCACCGACUCCCUCCUGCUCGUCCACGAGCGCUACGAGCAGAUCUGCGAGUUCUACAGCAGGGCCAAGAAGAUGAACCUCAUCCAAAACCUGAACAAGCACCUGCUCAGCAACCUGGCAGCCAUCCUGGCUCCGGUGAAACAGGCCGUGAUUGAGCUGAGCAACGAGAGCCGGCCCACCCUGCAGCUGGUCCUGCCCACCUACGUCAAACUGGAGAAACUGUUCACUUCCAAAGCUAACGAUGCUGGCGUGGUCAGCAAACUCUGCCACCUCUUCUUGGAGGCGCUGAAGGAGAACUUCAAAGUUCAUUCGGCACACAAGGUAGCCAUGAUCUUAGACCCUCAGCAGAAGCUGCGGCCCGUCCCCCCGUACCAGCACGAAGAGAUCAUUGGCAAGGUCUGUGAGUUGAUCAAUGAGGUGAAAGAGUCCUGGGCAGAAGAAACAGAAUUUGAACCUUCAACCAAGAAGCCUCGUGUAGCAGGGGAAGCCACAGCAGCUCAGGAAGAAGAUUGGUUCGGGAAAAAUGAAGUCUAUGAUUAUUUGCAAGAACCUCUCUUCCAGGCCACCCCUGACCUGUUUCAGUACUGGUCGUGUGUUACCCAAAAGCAUACAAAACUAGCCAAGCUGGCCUUUUGGCUCUUAGCAGUGCCUGCUGUGGGUGCCAGGAGCGAAUGUGUAAAUAUGUGUGAGCAGGCUCUCUUGAUCAAAAGGAGACGGCUACUCAGUCCAGAAGACAUGAACAAACUCAUGUUUUUGAAGUCCAACAUGCUUUAAGACUGUCUAUUAAUUAAAACAAAACUCUAAAACACUGUUCCAAACAAAGAAAAAGAAUUUUAAGUUCUAAACACUGUGGACCUCAUUAUGAAUGCCCCUGGAAACCAAGUGCUUUUUUAUAUAUAUAUAAAAAUAUAUAUAUCUAUAAAAUUAAGUUUGAAAGGAAAGGUGAGCAUGGGAGAGAGACAGCCCUCUGCCAGGAACGUGCUCCUUUCCAUAGAUAGUGUGUGGACUUGACAGACUUUCUAAUGUUUUCAAGUGGGCAGACGAAUGGGAGGCUGAUGUUCUAAAGUCUUCAGGCAGCUGAGAUCUAAAGUGACUUGAAGUUUCUUUUGUUUCUCCUCCACCCCACCUUUCCUCUUGUCCCCUGGGCCAUCUUGCCAUGGAUAAUCAGACUCCAUUGAACAGACCAGUUCUGCACUGGACUUUGCUCCUUUGAAUAACUGUACACCUUGAGGGCACUUGGCUGAGGCCUUCCUGGCACCUGGUGCACGUAUCAGGGCAGCUGUGUUCUACCAAACACUGGGACCUUUAGAAAUCAGGGAAGGGAGACUUGAAGGUUUUUGGGGUUUAAUUUUAUUUUUAUCCUUUCCAUAUAUGCUUUUUUCCAAAAAACCGAAAGUUACUCUUCUGCCUCCACUCCCAGUUUUGAGUUUAAUGUGGUAGCUAGUGAUUAUAAGUUUGAUUUCAAACUAAGAGAAAUGGUUUAUGGCAGAAAAUGUCUGUAAUUGUAAAGUUUCUUGGCUUUAUUUUUCUACAGUGGAACUUCUUUUCUGAAUUCCCGGUGUUAAUUAGCUUUUCUGUGAAUUUUGUGCAUCAGGCAUUCUCAGACUUGUUCUAGAGUAGCCCAUUUGCAAUUAAAUAGUAUCCUUAUGGGAACCACAGCAGUUGUUUAUAUAGAAAAGCCUAGAAACCAGGAAAAGUAAGUGGCUUGUCAGGUCUGCCAGAGAACCAUUCUACCUGAACUUUUUUGUUUAAAAGUGUCUCAGUUACACACAAACCAACCUUCCCAAUGCCAAGGACAAACCAAGGUGUAUGAUUUUUCAGGGGAACAAAGCUCAUCAGUUUUGUCAAACUGGGGUUUGAAGGAAGCUUAGAGAAGUGCAUGGGCUCAAAGAUCCUUCUGAAUGUAAGUGCUCCUGAUUGAGUGCAAAGAAUAUCUUCCCAUUUUUAUUUGGAAUGGUUUCCUCUAGUGGCACGAAUGUCUUUUUGAUACCUACAGUGCAUUACACUACUUGUUCUGUUGCUGACUCGUUCUAGCUGGGAAGGCCACGGGCCCUGAAACAUUCCCACGUCCUGGCUCAGCCCAAAUGCAAUUGGAGAUGAUCAUAACCCAGAGCCAUCUCAGUCACUCUGCUGUCCCCCAGGGCCAGUGCUCUGUGGUGUUUCCUGCCCACAGGCACAGCUCCUGCAUCUCUGUCAGGUUUGGUGCCUCUUGGACAAUUCCCAGCCUCUGGUGCCAAACUGUUUUUCACCACUGGGACUGAUAUCCUGGAGGAGAAUGGAAGCCAAUUGUGAUUUUUUCAGUAGUCUCUCCUGCUUUCAGGAGCUGCAGUCCCAGUGCACGGGAGGGUCAGGAGGAGGGACUGGCUCAGCUGGAGCCCCUCAGCAGCACGAGGUGUUUGCUGGUGGCUGACAAUGCAGGGGGGAAGAUUGGGGGGCCUCUUUGAUGUGCUGCUGUUGACCAGAUAUUAAACCUAGAUCCCACCUGCCCAUCUCUGGCUCUAAGAGAAGUUGCACGUUCCGAGACAUGAGAAAUAGCAAACCAAAUCUCUCAGGCUUUGUGUGCAGAUGCCCUGAGCCUCUCAGGCACUGACACCUGCACUGGCACGGGACUCAGGGACACAGUUCGGGUGCUGGAAUCUUUCCCAGCCCAGGGUCACUGAGGAUAGCUCUUGGCACCCAGCUGUCUUCCAUUGGCUUGAGUCUGGGUUGACCUCUUGGCACUGUUACUGGCAUCAGGGCAAAACCAGGUGUCUCCUAAAUGUUAAGUCUUGCCUGUGGACAUCACACAGCCUGCCACCCCACUGCCAGCUGCAUGUGAAGAGGACCUGCCAAGGCAAAGGCACUUGGGCAUCUGAUUUCCCUGGCAGUGGCUAAUGGAGGUGUUGGUUAUAGGGCCACCUUUUCUUCUUGCUGGUUUUCUUUUCUUCUCUGCAACUCCUGCCUGCCCAGCCACCAGCUGGGCCCGUGGUGACACAGCUCUUGGGACUUGCGUGGCAGGAGAAGCCUGUUUGAGACAAAAAUGAAGUGUCAAACAGAAGCCCCGAGUGAGAUUCGUGCCACUGACAGUGAGCUGUGUGAGCUGCUGGGCCCACAGGUACCUGACAGCAUGAAAACUAGUCUAGAGGAUGAUUCCAAAGCAGAAUUAGCUUUGGAGGCACAGAGUGUGUACCACACAGCUCAUCUGGUGGCACAAGGACCAGGAUUUGUAGUUAUUUCUCCUAAUGGCAUGUUACACCUUUUUGUGUGGUUCAUCAGAGACCCUGAGAGCUCCCAGGCUCUUUGAUGCUCAGGGGAAUGUGCAAAGUCCUUAUAUUCCUUUGGAAAGGCAGUUCCAGCCCCCAACACUCCUUUGCAAGGGACAGAUGGAUGACUUCAGUGGGAUUUGCCAGCUGGGGCUCAUUGUACUCUCUAUCUGUGAGGCCUUGAGGGUAGGAAGCAGGCAAGGCAGAGUUAGCAUGGGUGUAAAGCCCUGGCGUUGGGAAUUGGGUAAAUUGCAGUCCUCUGUGCCCAGCACAUGGAGCAGGACCAUGGCUGCACAGCCACCCUGACCUCCCAGCCAUCUCUCCUUUCCCUCCUCACACUGUGGUUUUGGCACCAGGUCUGGAGUUUUCUUGCUGUGCUGACCAAAGAGAGGGAUGGACUGGCCCUCUCCCCCAUCCCAAUAACUGUCCUCUCCAAGGCAACUUGGGCUGUUUGCACUGAUGAUGGAUGUUAAGCAAACAUGCCGUGAUGUCGGGUAGAUGCCAUUCUCCCAAAGACUAAAAAUCUCAACUUAGCUGAAAAAGCAAGAUGAGACCUAAGACCUGAAUUGGAGCAAUCUCCUCCAAAACUCAGACUAAGAAGCUGUAGCUUUUCAUGACUCCUCAGCGUGGUUACUGGGUGUUCAGCUCAGAGGAGCUGUUCAUGCUGUGUCUGCUCCCAGGCUCCCUUCUGUCUGGUACUAGACUUAAUUAAAAGCAGAGAAAUACAUCUGUAGCACAGGUAUUUACCCUAAAUACCAAGCUUUUGCUUCUGUUCCUCCUUCCAUCUUCAAGGCUUGGAUUCACAUUCUAGGGAGCAAAAAUACUUUACCAAGGUCUGAGUUCUGGAAGCUCUUCUUUGCCAGGUUGCUCCAACUCAAACUGCUCUGUUCCUGCUCUGUGAUGCCUCAGGGUGUGGAGCAGCACAUGCUGUAGGGAGCACUUCCCAUCCUGGGCUGGGAGGCUGCAGAGGAGAGAGCUGUCAUGAGGUUCUGCCCCCUUUGAGCUGGAGAAGUCCCCAAAAUUGGGAUCAUCCUCUGGUAGGUCAUGUUGGGAUUUUGCCUUCUGCUUCUUGGUUUCCUUCACUCACACUAGAGAAAUGUGUUGGGAUACAGAAAUGGGGGGGCAUCCAGGCAGUCACUUGUUCCUGCUGCUGACUCUGGGCCUGACCUUACAGACUUCUCUUUCUGACUUCCCAGUUGGUUCUGACCUUCAGGCUGGGGGACAAGCACCAACAGGUGAACUGUCAGAGUGAAGGGCCUUCCAGUCCUGUCUGAAGAUCCUUGUUACUAGAAAACAGAGAGUGGGAUGUAGAGGCAGAGCUCUUCAGGAGGUUGUUUCUGUGUGAGUGCAGCAGCCAGAGGGCUGUGGAGCCCAGGUUUGUUUCCUGAUCUGUCCCCUCCCCAUGUCUCCAGGAGCAGGCAGUAGUUGUGGUCUGACCUGCAGGAUAGGCUUGGUGUCUUGCACCCGGGUCAGGUUCAGGUGGAAGUGAACUUUCUUUUCUGUCUAGUCUCUCUGUCUGUGCUGAGGAAACUGCUUUGGGUGUAUUUAAACUAGUGAAUCUGGAAAACUUCCUGUGAAAGCCAACGGUGGGCUCAGGUUUUGUCUAAUUCAGUUGUUCAUUCAUUGCUGUUUAAACCAGUUUAAUCUUGAGCUAAACUGGUUUGAGCAUCCACACAAACCACCUGCACUGGUUAAUCUGCGCUUGCUGGGCAGAGAACACGUCCAGCAGCAGCUCAGGGAGUCAUGACCUUUAUGUGAAUUUUGCAAAUGAAUUUGCAGCAGAUACUCUCAAAGCUUGGGAAUGACUGAAAACAGCAGGGAGAUACUUCUGGAAAUGGCUUGAGCUCUAGAGGUGAGCUCAGCUGGUGCUAAUAAUGCCAAGGUCACAGGUUUGAUCCCCAUACAGAACAUUCAUUUAAGAGUUUGACUCGAUGAUCCUGGUGGGUUGCUUCACCCAGUCUGAGGGGCCAGUUCCACUCUAGACCCUGCAGCAGCCCAUGAUGGAGCAGGGACUGAGACAUCCUGCAACUAGGAGCACCAAGUUGCUGAUGAAUCAAACAACACUAAAAGAGCAGGGCUGGGAGUGCUGCUCUGUGCUAAGGAAAGGCUUGGCUCUCUCAUGGCACCUCUCUGGCUGAGGGAGAGGCAAGGAGCUCCUGUGAGCAUUCCCAGAGGAAAGGACUAGUUACACCCUAUGGAGUAGUUAGGAAUAAAGGGAUAAAAAUAAAAAGACACUAAAGACAGAUUCUUGGAAGCCUCUUCAGGGAGAAGAAAUCUAUUCACCUGGGAGGAGUUUCCUAGGGGAAUGCUUUUUGAGCUUUGUCAUUGAAAGCAAGGCUGCACAGCUCCUGGAGUUCACUCCGUGGGGCACGAGGCUGCUCUGGACCUUGCUGAGAGAAAAGGGACUGGAUGUAGGGGCGGGAAAAGCCAGUCCUGCCCAGAAGAUCCAGGAGGGUUCACAGAGCAUCUUCCUCCCCAUUCUCCCAUUUCUCAGCAGCACCAAACCCUUCCCAGCACUGCAGUAUAUCCAUCAGCCAGGUUCCAACAAGGAGGGAGUUGGCUGAGGAAAAAACACCAGUUGAGGAGCCCUUGCACUGCCGAGGUGGAGAAUCAGGCUGGGGGAUAGUGUUCAACGUUUUGCUGCUUCUGCUGUGCAUUUUCUGUGCUACACAAUGGUCUGGAAUCUGUGGGAUCCAUUGAGAACGCCCAGAACCAUUGGCUGAGCCCCAGUGUCCCAUAUCAGGUAUCUCUGAAGCUGUCACUCUGUAGCAAUAAGAUCUCCCUGUUCCCGGUGUGUGGGACCUGUCCCCGUGCCACAGGUCACCAUCUUCCUGGGGCUUCUGAAGUGUCACUGAGCAAACAGUAAAGCCCAGCCCAGCUCUGCUGGAACAGCCCUCAGGCCUGGGGGAGAGUCUGCCUACGCUAGGCCAGAAAUGGUGAACCAAUGACAGUGGGUUGCCCUGAAAUUUAAUUUUAUCUACUGAAUGUUUGUGUGAUUUCCGGUUCAUUUCAGUUCUAGUUUGACUGGUUAGUUGUGUUUUUACUCCUGCUGUUACAGAGUCCUUUGUUUAUAACUUGAGGGAGUUUUGCUCGCAUAUACAAUGGUUUAUCCAUAGACCCUCGGGGUUUCCUGAUCCGUAGGCAGCUGAGUUGGAAUUUUUUAGAGUAUCUUCUAAAAUGAGGCUCUAAACGGUUCAUUGAUGCACAAGAUCAGCCAGUGACUGGCAGGAUUUGACUGGCAGGAUUUUCUUCUCCCGUUGCUGUGGGAUCACUGACAGUGGGACCCAGGUGAGCAGUGCAGCCUUAACGAUGGGUAUAUUUUAGGGUGGAGUUGAUGACCACAGGCAUGUCCAGCCCUUGCUUUUACAACCAAAGUUCCUUAAAAAGACACUGCCAGCCUCGUCAGCCUUGAAUCCUUGUUCCCAUCUCUUGGGGGUUCUGGUGGUGGUCUCUGCAGUGUCUGUGCAUAGGGUGGGAUUCUUUUUUCCAGGGGGCUGUGGCUUGGGAGGAGGGAAUAUUUUCCCCUUGCUGUCUAUGGAGAAGGAUCUUUCCACUCAAGGAAGGAGGCAUGUAUUCUGGAAGGAGCAACAGUCUGUUUUCCAUGGUCCCUUGAAACUUAGUGGGACUUUAACAUUAUUUUCUUUAAUUCUUUAAAAGGAAAACUGGUAGUGGAUGAACUGAACCCUUGGUGGCAGGUGACAGGUCCAGGAGUAGCACACACCACCCAGGCCGUGAUGAUCGUGGUCCACGCCGUAGCCAGACAGUGUCAUGGUGACAAACCCAACCGUGGGAGAUCCCUGUUUGCAGCCAGUCUGAAAGGAGAAGCUGUUCCUCGCCCGUACGUCCGUUUUCCCAAACCUCCUCUGGAGGGGCUCAAUUCUUGUUGUUUCAUCAAGCAAAGAUUAACUUCUCCUGUCCCUCUCGCCCUCCCUCCCUCAGUAACUCGUGUGCAUUUCCCUCCUUUCUGUAGAUGCAGAUGUUCUAGGCAAUACCACAGACGCGCCUGCGGCCCCGCCCGCGAGCGCACUCAUGUCAUCUUAAAAAAUACAAAAAAAAUAUACAAAAAAUAUACAAAAAAAUAUCUUUUUUAGGCCAGAGUUUUCUACAGGUAUUAAUGAAUAUUUUUCUUAAUCCUUAUAAGUUUUAUGUGUUUAAUAUUUCUUAAUACCGGUAGCAUUAAUUUAUACUUUUGUAGCAACACAAUAUUUUUAUAAACCGCCACCGCUGGCUUUGUCUUCAUAACGGGAAACGUGCGGGCAGCUGGCCCCGCGCUGUACCAUGUACUGUAUUUAAAAGGUUAUCUAAUGUCACACUUGCUGUGUUAAUAAACAAAACAAAACCUGUUUGAAGUCUCAUGUAUUGUUGGUGUGGAUCAAAUGACUCACUAGAGAGCAAUAUUGCACGGGGUUGAGUUGCUGAUUUUCAUUGUGAUAUACGAACGCUUGAGGCCAACUCAAGUUCUGAGGUUGUUUUUUUUCUUUUUAGGAUUUUGUUUUGGUUUUGGUUUGGUUUUUUGGUUUUUUUUUUACAGCUAAAUGAAUUCAGUGCUGUUUGAAACUUAGACUGACGUCAAAUGAAAAGGAUUAUUAUAGAAAAAAAAUCAAGGUGUUUAAAUGUUGCUGUUUUUACAAGUCUGUUGCUGUCUGAAUGGAAAUAUUCCACAGGAGAGAAGGAAUAGUUCCACUUAGCUUCCAAAGGGGCCGAGCGCUCCAGGCCAGAGCUCGGUUAUUUGGAAAUACCUUAGAGACAUGUUUCUGCAACAUUCUUUUCAGAGUUGAUGCCAAGGCAGAAGACAAACUGUAACUGUAAGAAAGCAUCCGUUGCUUGAGGAUUUUCAUGUCAGUGUUGUAUUUAUGGUUUUACAAUAAAACAACCUUUAGG